AUGCCGGCUGGCUUGAAUUAUUCUUCAGCGUUCUCUGCGGCCACACGAAAGUACUUUGCCACUACGACUUGUGGGAAACAAUUUCGAUUCCACGGCUGGCAAGCCAUCACCAAUGCAAGAAGUCCAUACUCCUCGAUAGCAGACGCGAUGUUGAAACGCGCUGUGGUUAAGUCUGCAGAUCAGCCGCCGACAUCUAGACCUGCCCUUGAAAAGCAACUAUUUCCUUCGAGCAGCGGAUCACAAAACGGCAAUAUCGAGGAGGGCUUCAAGAACUCAAGACAACCAACAUCGUCGAUUGGCGGGUUCACGAAUUAUAGGAAUUCCGCAAAUCCGUCUUCUCAAAUCAAUCCAAAGUCCACCGCCACGAAACCAUUGCGCGCUAGAUCUCCGAAUAUUGGUCAAAAGCCCAGGUCAAACACUGCGAGCACCGUAGGCUCUGCUAUCACAAAGAAUGGCUCGGUAUUUAGUAGGGCAGACUCGUUUCAAGAGAUUCAGAACAGUAGCAUCGAAUCGCAGGAUGCUCUUGCCACAACCAAUCCGGGGAUUGAUUUACGUUCAGCUGCGCCCUACCUCGAAAACGAUUUCGACGACGAUGACUUCGAUCUUGAAUUCGAAUCCAAUGCUGUACCGCCAAUGUCAGCUCCUCCUCGACCAGUUUCUCAAAAGAAGCCCGCGGAUUCUCCUGGUUACAACCUACCGCAAGGACCCCGUACCACCUCACGAACUCCAAUGGCCCAUGCCCCAUCAAGUAGUGCUGUGACUUGGCCAUCCUCCUCCCCUUCUCACCGGAGAACACCCCCAGGUGUAAAACGCCAACGAGAAGUUAUUCAGAGCGCAGAAUUACCUUCGGCAGGAAUUGAUCCAUCUAUGAGGCCUUCCAAACGGAGGAAUUUACCAUGGGUAAAUAAACGAGCUGAGGAAGAUGGAAUUCCUGCGGGAGACGAAGAGAGUGAUGCCAUUGUUGAUCUGACUCAAGACAGUUCUACUUCUACUCAGAUAUGCAUGCAUUGCAGGGGAAGCCACCCCUCGUCGAAGUGUCCUAAGCCCUCAAAGUGGAAUCACACACCUAAAGAGAAGAAACUGCCUUGGAACAACACAGGAAGCGCUGUUAGAGAGGAAAAGUUGAAGUUCAAGGAAAUGCAGAAGGCGAGGAAAAUUGAUCCAGCUCAACAAGCAAUAAUAAAUAGCCAUCAGAAAAGUACAAUGAAGAUGGCUCCGAUAAGCCUGAGUCAGGAGCAGCAGCGAGUACUAGAUCUCGUAGUCAAUCAGUCGAAAAGUGUUUUCUUUACGGGUUCGGCAGGUACUGGAAAAUCGGUUCUUAUGAGGGCGAUCAUCGCAGAGUUGCGAAAGAAGUAUAGGAAAGAGAGCGACCGCGUGGCAGUCACUGCAUCGACUGGUCUUGCGGCAUGCAAUGUUGGUGGCGUCACCUUGCACAGUUUUGGGGGUAUCGGACUGGGGAAAGAAGAUGUUCCUACCCUUGUGAAGAAGAUCAGAAGAAAUCCUAAAGCUAAAAACCGUUGGAUUAAAACCAAGAUUCUAGUUAUUGAUGAAAUAUCUAUGGUGGAUGGCGAUUUGUUCGAUAAGCUGGAAGGGAUUGCAAGGCUUAUGCGAAACAAUGGACGCCCAUUUGGAGGGAUACAACUGGUCAUCACCGGAGAUUUCUUCCAACUGCCCCCAGUUCCGGAUUCUGAUAACAAAGCUAGAGGUAUCAAGUUUGCGUUCGAUGCGGGCACGUGGUCGACGGCGAUUCAUCAUACAAUUGGCUUAACGGAAGUCUUUCGACAGAAGGAUCCUGUAUUUGCGAAUAUGCUGAAUGAAAUGCGCCUGGGUAAAAUUACAGAUUCUACUGUUGCGGCAUUCAAAAAGCUGAAUCGAAAGCCUAAUUUCGAAGAUAGCCUAGAAGCUACGGAACUAUUUCCUAUGAGACAUGAGGUCGAGAAUUCGAAUGCCUACAGAAUGCGGUCACUAGUUGGACGAAGCUAUCGAUAUGACGCUGUGGAUACUGGUACAGUCACGGACCAGAAUAUGCGAGACAAACUUCUAUCCAACAUGAUGGCCCCGAAAACGAUAGAGCUCAAGAAAGGUGCCCAAGUAAUGCUGAUUAAAAACAUGGACGAGGGCCUAGUGAAUGGCUCUCUUGGAAAAGUGAUUGCUUUCAUGAGCGAAGUUACCUUUGAAAUAUACGACAAGAACCCUGAGCUCUUUGGGGACGAUGCAGAGCCUGUGGAUGAGGAAGCCCGGAAGGCGACACAAAAGACAAGCCUGACGGCGAAAUUUGCCAGCAACAAAGACGCAAAUCCGAACACUGGCCGAGAAUACCCAUUAGUCCAGUUCUCUCUUGCCGACGGGACUGAACGAUCCUUGCUGGUGAUGCCUGAAGAGUGGAAGAUUGAGCUACCAAGCGGGGAGGUACAAGCCCAACGGACACAACUUCCGCUCAUUCUUGCGUGGGCGCUUUCAAUCCACAAAGCUCAAGGUCAAACCCUGGAACGUGUCAAGAUUGAUCUCAAAAGGAUAUUCGAGAACGGUCAGGCAUAUGUCGCACUUAGUCGAGCUGUCAGCCAAGAGGGGCUGGAGGUACACAAUUUUGAUAAGUCUAAGGUCAUGGCACAUCCCCGCGUGGCUCAAUUUUACAACAGCCUUUACAGCGUCAAUAAAGCUAUGGAGCAUCCCAGAGUAACCGGAGCCGCGUACUCGAAACCGGUGACCAAGUCAGAAAAGCCCGCGAAGAAAAGUAAAUCGAACGAGUGGGACGAUUUCGAUGCCGAUGAGGAGCUUAUGGCGGCGUACGGGUAG